CCGUUUGGGAGCUCGAUCGAAUUCAUCGAGCGACUCCAGCGACAUGGAGAGCAUACAGAAGGCCGUGCGCGACCUCGUCAAGGACGUCAAGCUGAGCACCUCGCGUCCGCCGGCGCCGCCGUCCGGGAGCACGCAUUUCGGCGGCGAAGGAAGGGCUCCCGGAGUCGGGGUCGCCCUGUCGGCUGCGGAGCAUCCUCCCAUCCUGUUCACCAGGAACCCUCGAGGGGUGGUAUCUUUGUGGACUUGUUCGAAGCUCUGCGCGAUUUCCCUUGUUGCUGGUGUUUUUUGGGCUACACUUUGAAGCGCCGGGUCCGAGGCUGGGUUUCAAAGCUCCUCAGGAGAUUGAAAGAUGAUUGAUGCCGGGCAAUUCUUGGUCAAAUGUGCUCUGUCAUACGUGAAUCUGGUGCCGACUUGGAGCUUUGUUACGGGGCGAAAUCUGUUGUGACAUAUGACAUAUACAAGCUCCUUUAUUGCCUUGAAUUACCUGAUGGAUUACCCGAAUAUACAAUCGGCCUCCUUGUGCAAUACCUUAUCUCUCAUCUGUGAGAUUAAUUAUCUCCUUUCUCCAUGCUCUGAUUUUUCGAUGAUUCAAAGUAGAAGUGGUCAGGGGGCGGGUCUUGGCAAGUAGAGGAUCAGGCCUCUCUUGUCGUCUGAGUUCACCAUUACUCACUCGUCUGGUCUCUGUGUCCUCUCCGAUGUGAUGCUUCCUUUCCUUACGCAGAUUUUUGGAAUUUGUCUCUUAUCUAGGAGGCAGUGUUAGUGUUAAAAUGAACAGAUUGUAUGAAGAGUAAGGAUGGUGCUAGUUGCCAAACAAUCAUAUACACUGUAUCCAAACAUCUCUUGGGUAUUGAUUGUUAUGACCUUUCUUCCU